CAAGAACUUGCACUUUGCCCCCCUCUCUGUAAGAUUGCCUUCCCCGCGCCUCACGGUUAGAUGACGUCUUGCGAUUGCCAACACUAGUAUUGUCCAAGAACAUCAUAGAUCCGGUCUGUGGAGGACUUCUUUCGUAGUGCGAGACAAGAGACACCGACCAGUUUCGGAAACAAUGUCGUCCUCCGUGAUCACGUACAACAUGUUUCUCCAAUUGAUCCACUCUGGCUGCCGCUGCAAGCGCGGUUCGCAACGCACGCUCCGCCGGAAAAAAUUAGUUGCGCGGAUCCAGGAGAAGCUCGGAUUUGUCCUCGGUGUGAAGGACGAUGGAAUAAACAGGGCUGAGGACCAAGAUCAAGAUGAAGAUUUUUGUAGUAGCCAAGCUGGUAUGAACACCAAAACUACGGAGAGUAGCAGCACAUCAAAUAUCAAAAUGCCAGAAACUAAAAUCUGCGGCGUUCAUCACCUUGAUUCAGAAUCGACCAAGAAGCGCCUUCAGCCGGUGAUAGCAGUGCUUCUGGUGGCAGCUUUUUUUCUCAACGUCGUCGACACGGUGAAACAGCCAGCUGUAUCAAAUGCAAAAAUGUCUGGGUCUGGAAGGUUGGGGCUUGUGAUGCUAACUCUGGACUCCAAAAAAAUCUGUAUUGCAUGAUCAGCAAGAGAAGUCUAGUUUGUGCUACGCGGGGAGUGCAUUUGUCAUGCGGAUUAGGCAUGCGACAGCCCUCUACAACUCUGUGAUGCUAGGUCAUCCAUUACAGACGUUCUGAGUCAUGCAAAAUCUGCAUGACAAACCCGGCAACAUUCCAGACCCAGACAUUUUUGCAUUUGAUAAGCUGGGCGUGAAGACAUUUUUGGCUUUUUCAGCGACGAAGACUCGGGGGACGGGAAAAAACCUGGAGGUAUCGACGAACGCCAGCGGUCUGGGAAGCGGAACAAGAGUCAAAGGUCUUCUCAUCUACAGGAAGCCAGUGCCGAAGAUCGUGAAGUCCUGCAUGACCAGGACAAGCAGAUUCGAGGGACGGUAACAGACGUCUCCACCUCCGAGACCGCGCAGGAGGAGGGUCGUGAACCCCAGUUUUAUCCUCCACGGGACGACGAGCAGCCCGUUAUAGGUGCUGUCGCGCCCUCGUCAUCGUCUCCUGGCACCGCUCGUCCCGAUGACCCUUCGGGAGCAGCUCAGACCGCGAGCACAAAUGGCAGAAGUACGGCGCUGCAGGUAAAAGUGCAAGAAGAGCGUAGGAAAAUCGCUAGCAGCACGGGGGCCUUUGAGCGCGCGCCCACGUCUACAGGAUACAAACGCCUUGAGCUCAUGCGAGACGUCGGCGAGGUUCUGCAGGGUAAAAUGAAAAACUACGAAGACGCGUGCACAGAAACCGUCAGAUUGUUCUCGGCAGCUUCAGCGGAAGAUGAAACGGCAGCACAGGCAGCGUCAGCGGAACAUGAAACGGCACCACAGGCUUUGCUUCAGUCUGUACAAGAACCUGAAAUAAACACUGCUCUGUUGAAAUUCUGCAAGUUGAUGGCUCGCAUCUUUGUCAGGUCGCUGCCCUUCUACUUCUACGAAACCCUGGAAGAGAGACAAGAAGAAGCUCAGGCUAAUCAAUUUUAUGUGCCUCCGCUUUUCAUGGGUACGGCCGAGGAGGGUAAACCUGUGAAACCGAGUGUACAUGUACUCAAUACGCUUACGGUACCAGGCGUGGAAGAUACAGCACACAUUGGUGGCCUCUUGUGGAGCUACCAGCGCAAUACGGGCUACUGGGACUUUAUUGGGCCUACCAAGGUAAGUAGCAUUCCCCUGGUUCGAGAUUUUUCGCAAUCGUGGCAGAAUUUGUACGAUUUAGCCUCCCUGGAAGAUGAGCCUUGGCGAAUCGAUCUCGUCACGGAGUUUUUGGAUAAGAAUGAAGAUGUCAAGCUGGACGGUAGUGUUUCCUUCGGGAGCCACUCGUUUCGCAAGAUCUUGCACACGCUCAAGGAACUCUUGGACACGCUCAAGGAACAUGGCGGCGACACUCCGAAAGAACUGGCGGGCCUUUCACUUUCUUCUGAAGAUGUACUGGGGUUGGAGGGACUCUGGCCUGCUCAAGAACCUCACUCGCGGUCGCGACCGCCUUCCUCCAACCCUGACAAGACGCUGCUUAUGCUUGAGAACGCACUUUCAGCGGUGUUGCAAACACUGCUCCAUGACGCACUCUAUGCCCUUGCGUGCGCAGUCGAUGGAGGCGAUUGUAAGCCAAAGGAGAGCCACAGCCACAACCACGACAAAUCCGGACAAAAAAAACUAGAGGGUGGAAAGACGUCGAAACUGCUCUGGGAUCUCAAAAUGGACUACCAGCAAAACCGGUUGGAAACUUUCUGGCGAGGAAUCUCCACAAGGAAAAUAAAAAAAAGAUAG